AUGGUUCUGCUUUACCUCCCAAGAACCCACAUAUCCCUCUCCACCCAUUUCUCUCUUUUCCCGAAACCCAAAACCCCGGCCUUGGCCACCGCCACAACUCUCCCCCCAAUCCUCACCUCCGCCCUCUUCUCAGCCCCCAAAUCCACCCUCUCAGCUUCCGAACCCAUUCCCAUUUCCGAAUUGCCGGAACCCCAAAUCGAACCCCCUCAGGAAUUUGAAACCCACAUCGAAAUCCCGCUCGAAAAGCUCUUCGUGCCGCCGGAAACCGAGGUGUCGUACACCGACGCCGGUGCUCUGAGCACCCGAAUCUUGAAAGGGUCCAAUAUUCUGCUCAGUAAAUACGCCAGGAACGCUCAGGUGGACCAGGCCGAGUUCGUGAAGAGCAGUGUGAGGACUGAGGAUUGCCCCUCUGAUGGUCUCCCGGAGUUUGCUCUCGUGGGUCGGUCCAAUGUCGGCAAGUCCUCGCUGCUCAACUCGCUGGUGCGACGGAAGCGCCUCGCUUUGACUUCCAAGAAACCUGGGAAAACACAAUGUAUCAAUCAUUUUCGGAUCAAUGAUAGCUGGUACCUGGUGGAUUUGCCAGGCUACGGGUAUGCAGCUGCACCACAGGAACUUAGAACUGACUGGGUUAAGUUUACUAAAGACUACUUCCUGAAUAGGUCGACAUUAGUUUCGGUUUUCCUUCUCAUCGAUGCCAGCAUUCCUGCCAAAAAAAUUGAUCUGGAGUAUGCUAGUUGGCUGGGUCAGAAUCAGAUUCCUAUGACUUUGAUAUUCACCAAAUGUGACAAGCGGAAAAAGAAGAGGCACGGAGGGAAGAAAGCAGAAGAAAAUGUGCAGGAUUUCCAGGAGUUAAUAAGCGGCUUCUUCGAGACCGUGCCUCCGUGGAUUAUGACCAGCAGCCUGACCAGUCAGGGUCGUGAUGAGAUGUUAUUACAUAUGGCUCAGCUGCGAAACUACUGGCUGAAGCACUAGGAAAACCGAAAACUUGAAUCUUGCCAUCACAAUCUCGAGUAGGUCCGCUGUCUAAAUUGUUCAGAUAAAUCCAAGUACAAGAACCUGUGAUAAAAUCCCAACGUUACACAAAGUAGUUUAUCCACGAAGACUUUGUAAGUUGUUUGUUGCAUCUGAAAAUGGUGUUUAAAUUGGCAGCCAUACAUUGAGUAAAAGGAGAGAACGUGAUUAAUUUGGCAAAAGCUAAUAGUUGCUCGAUUUUGUUGUUGAAAUGGAAAUUUUUUCCUUCAACUUUAUGCUCCUUUAAUCUUGUGUAAACCUAUUGAAAUCUUUAUUUAAAGUUCAGGAACCAUAAUCUUUGCA